AUGGCUUUUGGGGGGAAUCCUAAAAAUCUCAGAACAUUACAAGAGAGAUACAAUGUUUGUGUGAGAUGUAACCAGUGUAUAAAAAGAGGAAGCAGUGAUAUUUCAUACUCACUUCUCCGGGUCAACCAUAAGUGCUCAGAAAACAUCUUACUGAUCAAGCGUCAAGGUUGCCAAUUAGUUUGGAGGCCAGUUUCAGCCCUGCCAGAUUUUCCCAGACCACAGACGUACAAUACUUGCUGGUACUAUAAUGAAGCACACGGAUGCAGACAGCAUGGAAAUAGAUGUACCUACGCAAGGAGCGAAGAGGAAGCAGCCUUGUGGAACUUCAUGAAAGAUGAAGACUUGACAAUUCCUCAGCUCGUGAACCUGAUCAAGACAAACCCCUGGUCUCCCCCUGAUGGCGACAGAACAACUCUGGAAUGUCUCGCUGCAGUGGAGAGAUUCAUCUCUGUCUUCAAAGGGAGAUUUGUAGAGGUCUGCAAGAGAUGUUUUCACCUUGUUCCUCAGAAGAUAUCCUACAAAUUGCAAAGUGCACAGUGUACUUCUGGGCAUGGCUGGCAACCUCUUCUGGCCUUCUACAAGAAGGACAAGCAGAGUAGAGACAUCUAUACCGAGAUCAGACCACUGCCUAGACAGCAGUCUCAUAUAGCAAACUGCAUGUAUGUGGCCAAAGGUGAGCCGUGUAAACAUGGAGACCAACGUUGUGGUUUUGCCCAUAAUGAGGUAGAGAUGGCGGUGUGGAGGGCAGAGAGCAGGGAAGGCUUGAAUCGACUGGACCUGCUGCAAUCAAAGUCUCAAAACAGAAGACAACCGUUCUAUUGCAAAUUAUGUAAUGGCAAGUUUCCAACAAAUGAGGCCUUCAUGAACCACUGUUUUACGUUGGCGCAUAGGAGACUGAUCUUUGAAGAUUCAUCGUCCCUGUGGACGUACCGUGAUCCACCACCGACAAUCAAAGAUUUGAAAUUGUGUACCAGAUACCUGAUAUGCGAGUAUGGAGACAGUUGCAUGGAGGCGCACAGUCAACAGGAACUGCAGGAAUGGAGACAAAGAAUCAAGACUGCACGGAAAAACUCUAAAAAUGCAGCUGAGCAGGGUCUUCUGUCUUAUCAAGACAUACUUUUGGAGGAAUACAGGCACAGCAAGAGCAAGGAAAUUAUAAUGAACGACACCCUUCCUGAUGUUUCUGUCACUUGUGAGCCGGAUUUAGAUAGUGUCUAUGUCAGACAAAAGGGAAUACGAUAUAUUUGGAUUUUUACCAUCAUUUCUAAGGUGCCUUUAGAAAUUGUUGCUUUACUUAGACAUGAAGUCGGGGCAACAUUCACCCUCAGUAAAGACCCCUAUGUGGAGCAGUCAUAUUCUACUAGUGAUUGGUUUCUAAUUGGUAAUCCCAGCGAUGAUCCAAAAGUGUACGAAAUACCAGUGUCCUUCACAUCUGACCAACCAGGACAUUAUGAACAAUGGGUGGUGUUUGACUUCAAUACAAGACCCGUACUGCAACAAAAAAUCAAGGUCAGAGUUGGAGAGGAAGAGCAAGAUGCACAUGAGAGUAAGAGAACAUCAGUCAUUACUCCAGCAUCUGAGGUUCAACAAGAAACACAAAGUGAGUCAGUGACUGACAGGAAUCCUGAGGCUUGGAAUGUGGAAAAUGUGGAAAUCAUCCCUUUUGGUGAAAUGGAAGAGGCAGAGAGGGAGUUGCUAAAUAAAUACAAGCUUGUUAUGAAACAUCAGGUGAACUUCCAGACUCAUGCUGUUUCCUCAAUUGAUCAUGGUAAUUACAAAGACAGCAUGCACACGUUUCUGUAUCAGGAGGAAAAGGUAGAAGCUGAACUACUUGCAAGGCUGAAUUUACGAGGUUCUGUGCAGUUGAAAAAUAACCUGUCUGAUGCCUGGUUUGGACUCAAAUUUGCUUAUCAAGGAGAACUAUUUGCUCUUGUGCCUCUUUCUCAUCCACUCACUCCUAAUACUCCUCAAGGUUACAUAUUGAAAAGGCAUGUUAGCAAAGCUCUUGUGCAUUUGGUGGAAAAUGAUAAUUGUUUUGGUCUUCUUUAUGAGGCUGAAUUUUUAAAAGACACUUCUACUGAGACACAAUUACAUUUGAAGCUCUCCGAACGUUGCUGCACUGAUCUUCAUCUGCAAAACGGGCAGCAAUGUGAGAUGGAGAUCCAGUUUCAACUAAAUCGCCAAAGGUUCUGCGAGAUGCACAAGGCUGUUGAUGAUCUCCCGCACUUUGACAAGGUUUUGCCUGAUCUGAGAAACAGCAGCAUCCCUAUUUCUUGCCAGUCAGAUACAGGGGAUUUAAAUGCAAAACAACAAGCUGCAAUUAACUUUGUAUUGGGAGUAACAGACAAUGCAUGCAGUGUGCCACCUUUGUUGAUUUAUGGACCUUUUGGAACAGGGAAAACUCGAACCCUUGCAAAGAUAGCCCAGGCACUUGUGAAGCAACCACAGAACAAAGUCUUGAUUUGUACGCAUACAAACAGUUCUGCAGAUCUUUAUGUGAAAAAUCAUUUCCAUGAACAUGUAACAGCUGGUCAUCCUGAAGCCAAACCUCUGAGAAUAAAGGCAAAGGAAAGGAAUCCACUGGAAUCCACUGAUCACACUACUCUACAGUAUUGCCAUGUAUCCAUUGAUGGCAAUCAAUUUGAGUUUCCUGAUAAAUUUGUUCUAGAUUCCACAAGAAUCAUAAUAACAACAACUGCAAUGGCUCGUUACUUUCAUGACAUGAAGCUCCCUGAGAACUACUUCAGCCACAUUCUGAUCGAUGAAGCUUCUCAGAUGUUGGAGUGCGAAGCUCUUAUGGCACUAGGCUUGGCUGGUAAAAAGACACGUGUCGUUUUAGCAGGAGAUCACAUGCAGAUGGGACCCAAGCUAUUCUCUGUGAGGCAAGACAAAUGUUCAGAGUGUACGCUGCUAAAUCGGCUUUUCUACUACUACCAAGCUGAGAACAGCAGUGCUGCCAAACAAAGCCGAAUCAUUUUCAAUGAAAACUACCGUUCCACAAAUGACAUCGUGGAUUUCGUGUCCACACAUUUUUAUGUGGGAAAGACAGAUGUGAUCAAGGCUACAGGAAAUGUGCCUCCUCAUCCAUGCCAACAUGCCUUGCAGUUCCAUCAUGUAAGAGGAGAAUGCCGUUUGGACCCAACAAGCAUGUCCUGGUUCAAUCCAGAACAAAUUCAGAGUGUUGUUGACAUUGUGCAAGGAAUUAUGAGGGACUGGCCAAAAGAGUGGCACGAUGAAGAUCCAGCAUCAAUCUGUGUCCUUUCACAAGGCACACAGGUUCGUGAAAUAAGAAAAAGAUUGGCUCAGCUUGGACUGAGGCGUAUUACUGUGGAGAAUGCAGAAAAUGUGCAAGGAAAACAAUUCCGAGUCAUUCUGAUUUCCACUGUGCACACUAUGGACAGCCUAUUUGUGACUAAACAGAACUGUCUUGAGUUUUUCAAUGACAUGCGUGUGCUGAACACUGUUAUGACGAGAGCCCAAUCCCAAAUAUUUGUGGUUGGAGAUGCAGCUGCACUUUCUAGUCCUCACUUUGGGAUGUGCUGGAGACUUUGGGGGUCUUACAUAGGGCAUUGCAUUAACAAAGGAAGUGCCCAUAACCUUACCCAGGAUUCUUUGAAACAAGAACUUCUUGAGAUAUCCGAGCUCUGCAGAAGUGAGAAUGAAGACAGCAGUGAUAGUGAAUCAACCACAUCUGAGAUACCAGACAUAGAUGACCCAAUACUUAAAGAGCUUCUUGAUGAGAGUAAAGACAUAAACAUUGAAUUGACAGAGGAAGGCUUGUUUCCUGUUUUUCAAAAUGAGCAUCUUGACAGAAAUGUGGUCCACCAUGUUGAAGAAGUAGAUGCAGAGCAACUACAGAGUAACGCCACUAUCCACAAAUGCUGUGAGCUGGUCAUGGAGAGUUUUGACCGAGGUUAUGCUGUACCACUUGAUGAGCCCACCCUAUGUAUCAAUAUCAAGGGUAGAAAGAAUUUGGGACAGUCAUUCCCUGGAGACAAGGUAACAGUGGAGAUCCUGAGUGAGCAAUCAAAUCAAACAAAGGGAAAAGUAAUCAAGAGCCUUGGUUGUGCAGAUACCCUCAAAGAAUUUGUUUGCACUCUUGAAAGGCAUGAUAGUCAGGUUAUGACACCAAUUAACAGAUGUGUCUCCAAAAUUUAUACACCAUUUUGCAAGCACAAACCAAACCACAUUGCAGUACGAAAUCCUGUGGACCACACGAAUGAGAAAUUCAUCAAAAUAACUGAGGCAGCCCAUAGAAAUUAUCUCUUUGUUGUCAGAGUCCUUAAGUGGAGAAAGUAUUGCUGGUAUCCCUUGGGAAUUGUUGUGGGAGUGUUUCCAAAAAUAGCAACAUUAGAGGAUGGAUUGAAGGUACUUGACAUAGAGUUUCAGUUGAAUAGAACACUUCCUUCAAUUGUGCAAAGAGAGAUGCAACAUUUUCAAGGUCUUCAAAUAUCUGAAGAUGGAAGAAAAGAUUUCCGAGACCUCCCAACAUUCACCAUUGAUCCUGCUAAUUCACAGGACCUUGAUGAUGCUAUUAGUGUAAGGGAUUUAGGUGAGUGCUAUGAAAUAGGUGUCCACAUUUCUGAUGUUGCAAGCUUUGUGGCUAAAGACAGUGAACUGGACAAAUAUGCGAGACAGCGAGGUACUGCAUUCUAUACACCAGAGAAGGAGCCAACAUAUAUGUUCCCUGAAGAACUGAGUACCAAUUUCUUCAGUCUGAUCCCUAAUCAUGAUAGACGAGCCAUCUCCUUGAUGGUCGAAAUUGAUAAAAGGACAGACUUCAUAAAGAAGAGAUCAUUUUGCAAGUCUGUCAUUUGCUCCAAAAGGAAGUUUUCCUAUAACGAAGCUGAAGACAUAAUUGAAAAGCCAGUCAAUGUUACAAAUUUUGACCUCCUUGAAGUCUGCCUCGUGGUAGCAUGUCACUUUGCCGAGGUUCACAGGAAAUGCAGGAAACAAGAAGACUGGUGCUACAAACCUCCAGAUGAGGAUGUGACCCUCGGAAGAAGACGAUCUCACCAAAUGGUGGAAGAGCUGAUGAUCAUGUUUAACUAUGCAGUUGCUGAACACCUUCUGUCUGAUGAAGAAACAAGGAGCCUAACUCCACUCAGAUGCCAGGACAGGCCAAAAAGUGAACAGAUGAAUGUCCUUUUUGACAGAAAUGCCUCUUUGAUUCCUCUUUCUAUUCACCUCUCAUGUCAAGCUGAUGCAAGUAAAGCUGAUUCUCACAAACUGCGGAGACAAAGUAUGAGUAACCUUUUAAUCGACAUGCGAAACCCAGAAAGUGCUGAAACCUUCCCCAUAUUAAUAUCACUUUUGAAAAGUCUUAAGAAAGCUGCUCAGGCCAAAGACACAUACAGAAUAAUUGACUUUAUUACAACUGAUGACAUUCACCCACAGCUUCUUCCUUUGGCUAUUGCAUUUAGGAGACUCUUUCACAAAGCAUAUUUUUUGCGCUCAAACUCGACCCACGGCGCAAGAAUUGGGCACUACAAUUUACAUCUUGACAGUUAUACAUGGGCCUCAUCUCCAAUUCGCCGGUAUAUAGAUGUCAUUGUGCAGCGUCUUCUUCAUUCUGUGAUUGACAAGACAGAACCGCAUUACACAUCCCGUGACAUUAACUUGUCUUGUUUGGAAUUUGCCAGGAAGAAUCACCAUCAGUCUGCAUAUGAGAGGAAAGCAAAUGCCCUUCAUUUUGCAUCAAAACUGUCAACCCAGAGUGAAAGGAAGGUGGCAUACAUUGUGGAACUCAAUCCAUCAGGGACAAACUUCAGAAUAUCCUUCCCACUUAACAGAGCCUCUAUACCAGAAAAUUUAGGCAUUUAUUACAGGGAACUUCAGUUGGCAGAUCAACCAGAGUUUGAUGAAACAAACAACAGCAUGAUCUUGACAUGGGUCCGAAGGAUAUAUUCAUUCUCCAAUCCUGACAUUCACACUGAAAUUAAACAACAAAAUCCAAACUCAGUCACAGCCUAUGUCCCUACAAAGACCUGGAAAUGCCUAAUAGAUACUCUCAGAGAGGAAAAAUGGGAAUUAAUGUAUCCCAUGAUUGAGGAGCUUGACAUUAGCUCAAGAACCCACACAGGACACUUCCAGGAAAGACUGUACCAAGCCAAAGAUUCAGGAACAGAUCAAUCUAAGCAUUAUGCUGAACUGUCCCUGAGAUUAAAGCAAGGUGAAGCAGUCGAGGUGCAGCUAGGUACAGCCACAGAUCGAGGAUUAAUGGCACCAGCGGUUCAGCUGUUUAUUGUUCAUCCAAAAUUUGAGAUUUGUUUGGAGCAUGUUAAAGAUCCAAUCAAGUGUUUUUCAAAAUACGCACUCAACUCAUCAAGGACUUCAUACAGCACAUACAUGCAUUAUCAGGCAAUAUGGAAACCUAUGUGUGAAAUGGAGUCAGUGUCCAGUGCAGUGGCUGAAAAUGAGAGCAUUGUUUUGGAAGAUGCACCUCUGAAAUGGGACGCAUCUCAGCAAGAGAAACUUAGUGGGUAUUUUCUACUCCCUCUCGACAAAAAAGGCCAGUGGUCCAUUGAAUGUGACCUCAGGAACUGUUUCCUCUGCAUUCGAACAAAGAUUCCCCAGAAGGAGUCCUGUCCAUUUCUUGUCAACUCUCAGGGCACAGAUCUCAUGGAUAUCCCCAUUAUCAUUUGGGUGGCCCAUGGUGUAAUUACAGAAGUUGAAGAAAAGAAAACAAAAGUAACAACGAAUUUGCAAAUUGACUUUCGAAUUAACCAAAAGCCAAUGACAAAUAUUCCAGAGGGCAUCUUCUACGAGAGCACACGAUUUACAGUGGAGCUAAUUCCAAAACUUCUGCCAGAUGUGCGCAAAGAAAAUGCAAUUGACAGUCUAACUAAAGCUAACCAGCUAGUGAAAACCAUUGCCAUGGGCAAAGGAAUCAACUACGAAAGAGGCAAUACAACUUGGAAGCAGAUGCCAGCCAGAUUUGAGAUUAAAGAUCUCUCUUCUGGGUUUCCCCCUCUUAACAACAGUCAGUGUAAAGCUAUAAGAGAAGCACUGACCAAGCCAUUUACUCUUAUCCAAGGACCACCAGGGACUGGAAAAACAGUUGUUGGUGUCCAUAUUGUGAACUGGUUGCAUGAGACAAUUCAAAAACAUCCUUCCACUAAAAAGAGAGCCAUUCUAUACUGCGGACCAUCAAACAAGUCUGUUGAUGUGGUUGCAGGACAUCUCCUAAAACUUGAAAAACAACUCAGACCUCUCAGAGUCUACAGUGAUCAGAUGGAGAUGUUGGAAUAUCCUUAUCCAGGCUGCAAUCUGAAGCUCUCACGGCAUUCUAAAAGAGUGGAAAAGCCCAACACAGAGCUCAGCUCAAUUGCAUUACACCACCUGAUUCGAAAGGACGACAACCCAUUCUCUACACAAAUACUGGCUUUUGAUAUGAAAAUUCAAAGAGGAGAUCAACUCACUUAUGAAGAAAUAAAUUGCUACAAAGAAUCCCUCAAAAAUGCUCGAAAACAUGAAUUAUUGGAGCAUGAUGUCAUCUUGUGCACUUGUACGGCAGCCUCCCACCCUGCCUUGGCUGAAGCCCUUGACUUAAAACAGAUCAUCAUUGAUGAGUGUGCCAUGGCAACAGAACCUGAAGCCUUCAUUCCCCUAGUAGCUCAUAAACCUGAACAGAUCAUUCUUCUGGGCGAUCACAUGCAGCUACAGCCCAUAGUUCACUGUGAUGUGGUGAAGAGAUUGGGCAUGAGUACAUCUCUGUUUGAACGUUACAUGGACAAAGCGCUGAUGCUUGACACUCAGUACAGAAUGCAAGAAGGCAUUUGUGCAUUUCCAUCUCAGGAGUUCUAUGAAGGAAUGUUAAAGACUGCAGUGCCACACAAACCAAGUCUUUUCCACACAGAAUCAAGGCAUACGCCCAUAAUCUUUGGGCAUGUUGAAGGGAAGGAGAAAAGUCUGCUGGUCUCGACUGAACGAGGAAAUGAAAAUUCAAAGGCGAAUGAUGAAGAAGCAGAAGAAGUGGUGCGGAUCGCCAAGCUUUUGACCCGUGCUGGGAUACAAGCAAAAGACAUUGCCAUUCUGACACCAUAUAAUGCUCAAGUGGCAAAUAUUAGUGAGUCCCUGUCCAAUAAGGGCAUGUGUGGCAUCACAGUCAACACCAUCAUGAAAAGUCAAGGAAGUGAAUGGAAAUACGUAAUCUUGUCAACUGUGCGCUCUUGCCCCAAAUCCGAAAUAGAGACGCGACCAACCAAAUCCUGGACAAUAAAUCGACUUGGAUUCAUCAUGGACCGGAAUCAAGUCAACGUGGGCAUCACCAGGGCACAAGAAGGACUGUGCAUCAUUGGUAAUGAGAACUUGCUGCGAUGCAGUGUUUUGUGGAGAAAUCUUCUGAAUCAUUAUCAGGAGAAAAGAUGUGUGGUGAAUCCGGCCAGCAACAUACAGGUCCAAAAACCUCCCGCUGACAGGAGUCAGACAACUAAGAAAACCGCUAGAAAAUGAUGUUUUGUUCCUUCUGCAAUGUGUUUCUUUCAAUGUCAAAUGUUCUCUAAUUUACUUUACAUGUACUCAUUUAUGCUCAUUUAUUAAAUGUUAUUACUUUUGAUCAUUUUUCAACAAAAUGGAGAAAUAAUAGGUCAGUCGAGGAAACUUUGCAUGAGUCAGAUCAGUAAAUGAAGCAUAUGUAUGUAGGUUAAUAACAAAAUAACCAUAUUUGCAUGGCACUUUAAUACAUUUUAUUAUACAUUUUUAUUUUUAGUAAAUUUUAUAUUAUAUUAUAUUGAGAAAAUGAAGGAACUACAGUACUGUAAAACCCUUAAAAAUCAAAAGGUGUUUUUAUUUAUCUAUCUGAUUUCAGAAUGAAUGCACGGUUUAAGUGGUUAAGUUUGCAUUACUAACUUAAUGAUAAUAAAGCAAGU